GAAUUCUUUUCCAAUUACAGUGAUCAUAUAUUGACAAUAAUAAUAAUAAUAAUAAUAUGCUCUAAUUAGUGCAAAGCAAAAUAUCUUAAAUAAUAUUUAAUUAUAAGUUACAUUUAGUUAAACAAAUUUGUAUAAAAAUUAACAGUAUAAUGGUUUAAAUAAAAUAGUACUAUUUUUAAAACCUUUUUUGUUUUCUUUAACUUUGCUAACGGUUUAUUCUAUUUUAAUUGAGUACCAUGUUCGGAUCAUUGAAAUUGCCGAAAUCAAUAUGGUUUAUAGUAGUCACAGAAGUAUGCGAACGAUUUUCCUACUAUGGAAUGAAAGCUGCUCUUGUGAUGUUCCUUAUAAUGGUUCAAAAAUACAGCAGCAAAAGUACUACAAUAUUAUAUCAUUCCUUUUUAACUUUCAUGUUUUUGACUCCUCUACUUGGAGCUGUUUUGGCUGAUUCAUAUUGGGGCAAAUAUAAAACAAUCUCAUAUCUGGCAAUUAUACAUAUGAUUGGAAAUUUUACAAUCGCUUUAGCAUCAUUAAUUACUUCAGCCAGCUUAAGUGCUCAAAGGUACGUUACAAUUAUUGGCUUAAUAUUGACAGCCCUUGGAACAGGUGGUAUUAAACCGUGUGUAUCGUCAUUUGGUGGCGACCAGUUUACUAUACCAGACCAAAACAAACAACUAGAGUAUUUUUUUUCGCUUUUUUACUUUAUAAUCAAUGUCGGAGCUCUAGUAUCUCUCUUUAUAACACCCGAGCUAAGAAAUAACGUGAAAUGUUUUGGAGAAGAGAAUUGUUUCCCAUUGGCUUUCGGUUUACCAGCCGUACUCAUGAUACUUUCUUUAGUGAUUUUCAUAUGUGGUAAACGUUUUUAUAAAAUCAAAAAGCCAGAGUCUUCCGUAAUUACAACGUCGUUUGGAUGCAUAUUUUACGCGAUAAAAAAAAAGUCAACGGCAAUUAUAUCAUCUAAGACACCGGGAAAAAAACACUGGCUAGACUAUGCGGAAAAGAAAUAUAGCAAUAAAGACAUUUCUGACAUAAAAGCCUCCCUCGACGUUCUCUAUCUUUUUCUUACAUUGCCGAUGUUCUACGCGCUAUAUGAUCAAUUUGGAUCGAACUGGACACUACAAGGUACACUUAUGAAUGGAAAACUCGACUUUUUAAACUGGACAAUAAAACCAGAACAGAUGAUUACAAUAAACUGUUUUCUUGUUAUGUUAUUUAUCCCAUUCUUCGAAGCUGCAGUUUUCCCACUUAUACGAAAAGUCGGUAUAAGUACAUCAUUGCAAAAAAUCAUAAUAGGAGGAUUUUUCACGGCUUUGGCUUUUGUUUGUUCUGCACUAUUACAGUAUAAAAUCGUGGGCGAGAAUGUAACAUUGCCGCCUAAUGAAUGCCAGCUAAGGAUAUUUAAUGGUUUUAAUUGCAAUAUAACUCUACGACAACCGGAAUCGGCCGAUAUGUAUAUAGAACCUCUGGAUGUACUAAACAUUAACACCCAGACUUGGUCAACAAAUGAAAAAGAAAUAAUAUAUAAUUUAGAAAUACACUCGGUAUGUCCAAAAAAAUCAGACGAUUUCACCAUCGAAAAAAAUAUCUCUGCUGUUAAAGGAGAAGUGAUAUCGUAUUUUUUGACUAGUUCUAUAGGAGGAAAUAUUGUACUGCAGCGUUUGAAUGCGAUGAAAAAAUUAAAAAAUGGCAAUCCAAAUAUCAGGAUUCUUUUUAAUGAACAUUUGACUAAUCAAAAUGUCACAUUGAGAAGUGUUGGAGGUAAAUUCAAUAUAGUAAAAUAUGUUAAUCUAUCGUCAAAAUUCGAACAGAGGCUAGAAUUACCUCUGGAUAACUAUAUUUUGUACGUACAAGAUAAGUAUGUACCUGUAAAACUAGACUUGCUUCCAGCCAGUACCAAUACACUCAUUUUACACCGAAGUCUGCAAGAUUAUGAUAUAGAAGCAAGAAUGAAAACUUUAGAACGUGGCAAUUAUCUGCACAUACUGUGGCAAUUCCCUCAGAUAGUAGUGCUGACCGUCGCAGAAGUUAUGUGUAUGACAACACUGUUAAAGUUCACGUUUACUCAAGCUCCAUUGAGUAUGAAGUCGUUUCUUUCAUCAUCAAUUUCGAUUGCAGAAGCAUUUGGAAAUAUAAUAGUAGUCGUCAUAUCAAAUCUUAAUUUAUUUGAACAACAAGCCCACGAGUAUCUGUUUUAUGCUGCAUUAAUGGCUCUAGAUAUGAUUAUGUUAAUAUUUAUGAGCUGGAAGUAUGAAUAUAAAAUAUUCACCGAAUAAAAUAGUUAAAAAUCUACGUAUAAUGUAUAAUUCUUGGAUUG